AGAGGGUUCCCUCUCCACCGAGUUAUCUCCACGGCCAUCUUGGUCGGCCUCACUCUAGAGCGUUCGAUUGGCUGGCGGGGCGGCAACAUGGUGGCAGUGCUUCGCUGCGGUGUGGGGUGCGGAUGGCCAUCGCGUUUAUCGCUACGGUUGCUGGCGCGCCACUGGCAGUGUUCGGCACCGAGAUGUGGGCAGCGGGCGGCGGACUGCGCGCCUGGCUUAUGCGUGACGCGGUCUGCGACAAGACGAGAUGGUUCUUGGGUGUAUCGGUGCUUUAUUAUGUGUAUUUGUUCUUCGCAUCCGCGAUCUGCCUGCCCUACUGCCUGCUGAACGGUCGGAGGGUGCACCAGGCCGCCCGAGAGGCGCUAUUGCGGCUGCGGCACCAACAUGCUGCUGCUAGUGGUGGCGGUGGCUUCUCUGCGGGCUAUGUGUCGCUCUACUUGAGGGAGGGGGCCUACUGCGUACUGAUAGCCACCUGGUCACUGCUGCAUUUGGGGGUCUCAGCUGAGCUCUGGAGCCGAUUCAUCUCGACCUAUGUCGUCGCCGCACUGCUGGUGGCCGGCUGUGUGAGGAAGCGGCACGCGAUGGUCCAGUCGAGUGCGCUCACGGAAUGGUGCAGAAGCCUCGCGCCGCUCCUUGUCGGCGUCGCUGCUAAUGCCGUGUGCAACUUGACCAUGUAUCUCUUUCCCAAGGCCUUGUCGGCGAUGGGGGUAGAGUGCAAGUGGCUUAAGGUGGCGGUCAAUGCUGUGCUGGCCGGCUCUUAUCUUAUCUUCAUCUUCAUGGCUCAACAUGUCAUGACCAGGUACGUCAGUAGCCCUGCCUGUGUCUGUCCAUGGCCGUUUCACUGCCUGUCUCUGGCCCUCUCUCUCUGUGUGUGAUGUGUGUUUGCCUGGCCUGCAGUGCUCCCCCUCAUCGGCCGAUCGCGUAUCUGCUGCCGGGAGCGUAUGACGGUUACUUCGAGUCACAGAGUGCUGAGCAGAGGGUAACUGACGUGCCUGUGUGAUUGACGAGUGUGUCGGGGGGAGGGCGAAUGGUGUGGUGUAUCUGUCUGCCGGCAGGAGGUCAGGGGUGACUGACUGGACUGUCUGGCUAUCUCUAUCUCUCUCUGUGCCUCCGUAUACACGUGUGUGUGUAGCUCUAUCUAUCGUGAUGGAUCAUGAUAGAGACUGUGUAUCCUAAGCUUCUGUCUGCUCUUGCCUCGGUGGGGGGGCGGGUGUAUUUGUUUGUGUG